CCUUUUCAGGAAUUAUCUGAAGAAAAUAUAUGGAUUUGUGAAACACCCGCCCAAACGGAUAAUUUGUUGAGCUCUGGCAGCCAUAGCCAUGGCUUUCUCUUUGUUCACAACUACAUCAACCUUCUCUGUCUCUCUUCGCUGUCAAGCUCGACCCAAUAGCAGUCGCAAUAGAACCAACCCAAAGCGCCUGUCUACAAACACAAACAGAAGAAGUCAAAAACCCAACCCCCCUCAACGGAAAUCCGGCGAGUUUAGGCCACCAUCGCCAAUUACCACCGCUGCCGGUGAUACUGCCACUACCUUCACUCGUCUACCCCCAAAAGAUGACUUUUUUCUUCCAUCCCUCCAAGAUUCAACUGAAAUAACCCUCUCUGAGUUAACUAUUCCCACCCCAGCUAAGAAUCCUAAGCAAGAGUUGGAUGAUGAGAAUGUAGAGAAUGUUAGGUUUGAUUAUGGAAAAUUUGAGUUGUACGAGGUUGAUGAUGAUUUUGAGGAUGAGAGCGAGGAUGAUUUUGAUGAAAAUGAUGAUGUGGAUGGUGAAAUGGAAGGUACUGGAAGUAGGGUGUUUGAGGGUAGUGGGAAAUUUGAGCUGUAUGAAGUUAACGAUGAGUUUGAUGAAGAUGAUGAUGAUGAUGAUGAUGAUGUGGGCAUUGAAAUGGAAGGUUCUACAAGUGGGGUUUUUGAGGGCGGUGAUGUGUUUGAAGGGGAAGGGAGCGAUAUAAAGGAGAAGGAGAAAGGGGUUCCAGCAGUAAUGAGGUGUUUCGAUAGGGCAAAAAUAUAUGUAAAAGCAGGGGAUGGAGGGAAUGGGGUGGUGGCAUUUAGGAGGGAGAAGUUUGUACCAUUGGGUGGACCAUCUGGUGGUGAUGGAGGGAGGGGAGGGAAUGUGUAUGUGGAGGUAGAUGGGUCGAUGAAUUCAUUGUUGCCAUUUAGGCAGAGUGUGCAUAUUAAAGCUGGGAGAGGAGGGCAUGGUCAUGGAAAGAAGCAAUUUGGGGCAAAAGGCGAGGAUGUAGUGGUAAAGGUGCCACCAGGUACUGUCAUUAGGGAGGCCGGAGAGGGUGGAAUUCAAGGGAAUGUACUUCUCGAGUUGUUGCAUCCAGGACAGAAGGCAUUGCUAUUGCCUGGUGGAAGAGGUGGGAGAGGGAACGCAUCUUUUAAGACAGGGUUGAAUAGGGUGCCCAAGAUUGCGGAGAAUGGAGAAGAAGGUCCGGAGAUGUGGUUAGACUUGGAGCUCAAGUUGGUUGCUGAUGUUGGUAUAGUCGGAGCGCCAAAUGCAGGGAAAAGUACAUUUCUCAGUGUUAUAAGUGCUGCUCAGCCAGCUAUUGCGAAUUACCCCUUUACCACUUUGCUCCCAAAUUUAGGCGUAGUUUCAUUUGAUUAUGAUGCUACUGUGGUCGUUGCUGAUCUGCCUGGUCUACUCGAAGGGGCACACCGAGGUUUUGGUUUAGGCCAUGAGUUUCUUCGGCACUCAGAAAGAUGUUCAGUCCUGGUGCAUGUGGUUGAUGGUUCAUCUCCACAACCAGAAUAUGAAUAUGAAGCUGUUCGUCUUGAAUUGGAAAUGUUUAGUCCUGAACUUGCUGAAAAACCUUAUUUAGUGGUUUACAACAAAAUGGACCUUCCAGAUGCCUAUGAGAAUUGGAAGACAUUCAGGGACAGUCUGAGAUCUCGUGGAAUUGAACCUUUUUGCAUGAGUGCAGUGAAAAGAGAGGGUACACAUGAUGUUAUUUGUGCUGCUUAUGAGCUCGUUCGUAGAAGAGAAGCUUCUAAAGAAGAAGUGAGAAGGGACCCAGUAAACUUGAACUAUGUUGCUGACAUGGUGAAAAAGCAGCGAAAUGCUCCCAUAAAUGAGUUUGAGAUCUCCCAUGAUAGUUCUUCCAAAACUUGGUAUGUUCAAGGAUUAGGUCUGCAACGUUUCGUCCAAAUGACAAACUGGCGAUAUAUGGACUCAGACAGAAGAUUUCAACAUGUUUUGGAAGCAUGUGGUGUGAAUAAAUCUCUGCUCAAGCUUGGCGUGAAAGAGGGUGACACCGUCGUUGUUGGAGAUAUGGAGUUGGAGUGGCAUGAUUAUGAUAGUGCAGGCUCUAUAAGUAGGAGGAAGUGGUCUUCAGAACCAAGUCGAUAAGUUCAUGGUUGAUCUUAAGAAUAUGCUGCUAAUCAAGUAAUCGUACAAAAGACUAAACAUCCUUGUUUGUGGCACAUUUCCCAGCUCUUAAACUAGAGCUGCUGAAAAUCUGAUUAUAUUAUACAUCUGCACUACGGAAAAGACACAUGUUCGUGCUCUCAAGUUUCAAAUAAUAUAAUCACGCCUCCAAUUUAGCAGAGCAUUUUCGAUCAAAACACCUUACAGAGCUGCAAGAGGAAUUGAGCUGGAAGAUAUGGUACGAUCUCCCAACAUCUUUGGUUCAUGCCAUAUUAAUGCAGCUUCUGCU